AUGUGUUCAUUUAGGCAAGCUAGGGAAGCCGCUAUUUUGGCUUAUGACUCUUCUUUUAUUGAUGAAGAUGAGUUCGUACUUCUUUACGACAUGUGUCAUUCAAAAAACCCCGAAUUACCGUACCAAAACUACGAGAGUUUUGAAUUGGACAACAUCGACGAAGCUGAAUGCGAGGUUCAAUUUCGUUUUAAAAAACAUGAAGUUCCUGUUCUUGCUCGUGCGAUGGGUGUGCCUGGACGAUUCACAUGCCCACAAGGAACUAUUUGCGACGGAAUGGAGGCUCUGUGCAUGCUGUUGCGGCGAUUUUGCUACCCGUGUAGGUAUAGUGACUUGGUUUCGAUGUUUGGUAGACCCGUCCCAGAGCUAAGUAUGAUUACAAACCAGGUUGUGGAUUUUAUUUAUGACCAACAUGCUCACAGGCUAACACAGUGGAACGACCAGCUGCUGAGUCCUCAAUGCCUUCGAAGAUAUGCCGAAGCAGUGGCUCGUAAAGGGGGUGCAUUGGCGAAUUGUUUUGGUUUUAUUGACGGGAGAGUGAGGGCAAUAUGUCGCCCUGGGCAAAUGCAGCGGUUGGUUUACAAUGGUCAUAAGCGUGUCCAUGCAUUGAAAUUUCAGGCAUUAGCGCUACCUAAUGGCUUAAUUGGAAACUUAUUUGGACCUGUAGGUAUGUUCACAUGUUUAUGCCGGAACUGGUAUUUUAAUUUUUAUUGUUUACAUCACACACCCACGUUAUUCCCCCAGAGGCUAAAAUCCUGUAGCGUAGCAACAAAAAGUGUGGUUUUUUAAUAUCAUCAACUUUGAUAGUGUUUUACUGUAAUAUUGUAUUUAUUAAAUAUUGUACGUAAAACGUUGAAUCCAUGGACCAUGAUAUUCAUACACCUUUUGCAAAAAGGAUAACACAAUAGGACUGUAAAAGGUUUGUUUAAUUAAUUCUUCUUUUGCAUAAUAUUUUUAGAGGGAAGAAGACAUGAUUCUGCCAUGCUUGUUGAUUCAGGCUUGUUGACUGCUCUAGAACAGCAUGCAUUUGUUGAUGGCCAGCCUAUGUGUGUUUACGGUGACCCGGCAUACCCUCUUCGCAUACACCUUCAGGCACCGUAUAGAAACCGCCCAUACAUAACACCACAGAUGGAAGCCUUCAACAAGUCAAUGAGCACUGUUCGUGUUGCAGUUGAAUGGUUGUUUGGAGACAUUAUAAACUAUUUUAAAUUUUUAGAUUUUAAAAAAAAUUUGAAAAUUGGCCUAAGCAGCAUUGGAAAGAUGUAUGUUGUUGCAGCAAUUUUGAGAAAUGCUCUAACUUGUAUGCAUACCAACAACACCUCAAAGUUCUUUGAAGUUGUCCCUCCUGCCAUUGAUGAGUAUUUUGCAUGAUUUUAUCAAUAUAUGACCCACUAUUAUGUGAAUGUCAUUGACUUUCCCAACAAGGUUGGACCCUGGCAGUGCUGGGGUGAAUUAUUGGCUUUGUUAAGGGACUUUGCAUGUAACGUCUCUUGCCUGAAAUGUAAGGGAAAUGGGUGGCUUUAUCUAUUUUUAUAUGUCUAGGUAACUAUAUAUAGCUAAGUAGUGUUGGCAAAAUGUAUAUAUUGUUGCUGCAAUUUUAACAAAUACAUACCCUUACUUGCAUGCUACCUAAUAACACUUCAAAGUUUUUUGAAUUUGAACCACCAACUGUUGAGGAGUUACUUCUAUUAAUUAAGCCAGUUUUCCACUUCAGUUGUAUC